GUGUGUCUAUAUGUAUGUGUGUGUGUGUGUGUCAGAGACAGCCAGACAGACAGAAAGAGACGAAGGGACAGAGAAAUAGAGCAGGAGAAGGAGAGAGAUAGAGAAAGAUACUGCGGAUACUGUGGAGCAACGUGAAAUAUAUAUAUGCAAGUUAACAACACUGGCUUACAUAAAACACGAUGCUUUCUGUUAACAUUAAAUCUAUAACUGGGCAAUUACAAGCUCUCACUGGUGAAAUUUGUCGUUUGCCUGAAACUAACGUGGAAUGGUAUAAUCACAUUGAAAAGGCUUUAGAGCUAUGUGAUUGUAUAGAAGGUUCAGAUUUGAGUAAACAAGACAAGUCACAUCUGGAAUCUUCAUCUGUCUCAUUGUGGAAUCAUGCUGUAUCGUCUAAAUUUGGAGGUCAGCUCUCAACAGCAGCUAAUGCAAAAUUGAGGAAUUUAUCUUUUAAGAUGGUACAUUUUUGUAACAGUAACACAUCAGAUGAAGUCACUCUAAGAAAAUUAUGUAUGAUGGGACUGAAAACUAUACGAUCUUGGUUAGACUGCAAUUAUUCAGACAGAGCUGAGUCAAUUUUAAAAGUGACGAUGGAGUCAAAUAACAAGCUGAAGGAGAUAUAUUUCGCUCAGAAGGAGGAUAGCCAUAUUUUAUCAAUCGGUGAAGAUUUGAAUUUGUACAAGUUGGAUAUAGAAAACAACUACUUCCAUUUGUUCUGCUACCAAGCUGAAAUUGCAUUUGCUCAAGGCCAGUAUGAUACUGCAUAUAGCCACAUACAAUCAGCUAAAGAUAUGCUUGCAUUAUUCCCCAAGGAGAGUGGCUUUAUAUGUCAGUUGUGUUACAAUUUUGGUGUAGAAUUAUUCCGAAAGAAAUAUUUUGAUGAGUGUGUUUUGUGGUUGAGUUUAAGCCACGAUAUUGGAAAAGAUAAAAAAGAAAUAUCUUCCACAAUACAGUCCUGUACCCUGAGGCUACUAGCUACUGCUUAUUUGGAGUUCAAGACUAUUGAAUCAAAUAAAAAAGCACUGAAUGCCGUCAAUCUUGCAAACAAUUUGCAUAAUCACCAUCUGGGAAUCCUUCUGAAAUUGAGAAUAUUAUUACUAGAUAAUGAAACUGGAGAUGAGGCUAUCAGAAACACCAUUGAAAAUUUAUACAAUCAUCAAGAAUUUAGUGUAUCUAUUGGUUUACAAAGUUGUCACUUGUUGACCAAUGCAAACAGAUCAAAUUUGAGUAUGGAACAACUAAAAUACAUGAUGACCAGAUUUUCAAAUUCACCUGAAUACGGGAAAGUAGUAUGCAGCUUAUUGGAGUUAAAUCUGAAAACAAAGGAACUGCAAACUGCCAAAGAAUUAGUUGAGAACAUAAUUGCUGCCCACAAUACUAAGGAACCACUUGAUUUAUCCACAAGAAAGCAAUUACAUUAUAUAUUUUGGGAGCAAGCUGCAAUGGCAUAUGAACAAACAAAUUACCAAGAAGCACUUGAGUGGUAUAAUUAUUCCUACAAUCUGUUCUCCUUUGGCGAAUAUUCAGAUAAAAACUUGGCCAAAAUAAACAGGAACCGUGCUACAUGUUACAUACAUUUGGAGAGUUUUGACAAGGCUAGAGAUGCUCUUUCAAAAGCUGAGAGUUAUGAUCCAACAUCCCCAUACACUCAGUUUAUCAUUUUCAAGUUAGCUCUCACCCAAAAACAGCAAGAUAUCGCAUCCGAAGCCUUACAGAAGAUGUGUGAUUAUGCUUCAAAGGACAGCAAAAACGAUGAAAAUUCAGCAUUCACUGCGGAUGCAUUGAUACGGCUGGCUGCUCAAAUGGCUUUUGAGAAAGACGAAACAAACUUGGCUGCAACAGCACUGGAGAUAUUUUUGAAAGGAAGUCACAUGUCAACAGAAACACUAACAGCAUUGCGAUGUCUCAUUAGAUUACUGCUAUCAAACAAUGAUGAAAAUGAUAGGAAGUCUUUGUCUCGACUUCUUGAACACCUGAGAACAGCUUAUAAAUUUUUGAGUGAAAUCUCAAACCCAACAAAAUGUUCUCAAGACAAUCAGCAAGUAAACAUCCAACUGGAAGCAACUUGGUUCACAAAAAUUGCUUGGAAUUUGGCUAUUCAAUCAGAAAAGUCACCAGAUUUUUUAAGAGAUUUCUUCAUUAUUUGUUACAAGUUAACAACAUUGUGUCCUUCUGAUCUGGAUUCAAUGACACAGCAGAAGACCUGUUCCCUAAUUGUUGCUGCAGCUUACCUUCAGCUUGCCUCAACCACUUCAGAUUCAGAUGAAAAAAAUACCUUACUAACUGAAGCCCUUAAUUAUGUAAGCUGUUGUAGAAUUGUAUGUAAUAAAAUCCUCAGUGAAAAGCUAAUAUCUAAUGAUAAUGAAAAUAAAAAAGAUACUGUUGAUAAAUUACUUCUUUUAUAUGAGUUUGAAUCCAGAGCCAAACUGAAAGAUCCAAUACUGGAAUCAGUUCUCGAAAGAGCAGUAAUGAUGCCUUACAGUGAUGCAAAAAUGUUUGAAACAAUAGCUGCUUUAGCAGUUGACCCUCCGGCUAAUUAUAAAAAUCUCAGCAUUAGAGCCUUAAAAUUAGCAUUAAGGAAACAUCUACAAUCAAGUUUACCUGAUUUUAUGGCUGUAAGCAAAAACUUCCACAGCAUAAUAGAAUUGUGUUUUGCCCAAGCUGGAGGACAUCACAUUUCAGAAGCUCAAAAUAUUGGUGCAACUCAAAAUGAUCUCUUUACAUAUUUUGAAGAAGUUUUUGAAUUUAUCGAACAAAAGGCAAAGAGAGGUCGUUAG